AUGGCUCAUCUUGCUCAGGCGUCAAAACGACGUCGUCUGAACGAGGCAGCCUCAACGCUGUCCCGGCCAUUCAAGUCUCCCCUCCGCACACCUCUUCAGAAGCGAGAAAAUGGAGAUGAGAAAGACGAGUCUCUUGCAGACACGAAAACGACCAAUAAUCAGACUAUUCGGAGUAGUGACGAGGUAAAAGGGCAGACGACAGAAGUUCAAUCGUCGACUAAGAGCGGCGACAGCAGCACGACAAAGCUGGCAGUUGAUGAUGAUAACAACUCCAAAGUUCAAUCUCAACCUCACUCUCAAUCUCCACAUACCAUAGCAAAUAAUCGCAACAGAAAGCUCCCAAUUUAUUCACAGCAGCGGUUUGCUUCUUACUCUUCCAAGUCUGAUCCCGAACUAUCUGCUCUGCAGAAACAGCAUAGCGCCCUCCAAUCCCGCCUCUUUGCGCUGCGGUCCGAGCUCGACACCGCACAGCAGGCUCUACGGAUUGAGUCAUCUAACAAGGACAAGGAGCUGGAAGCUCUGAUCGCCAAGUGGAGAGCGGUCAGCCAGGAGGCUGCCGACGAACUGUUUGCGUCCGCACGGGAAAGGGUCCUCAGAAUGGGCGGGGUCGCGGCCUGGAGGGAGCGGGAGAACCGGCGGAGAGAGAUGGAGAGGUGGUACGACGCAGAUAGCCUGGCUGAUGUCGACUACGAUGAGGCAGAGCUAGAAAGCAGGAGGGCAGAGAUGGCAGACGAUGUUGAUCUUGAUGAUAGUCACAAUAAAGAGAAUCAGACGACAGAACCGGAAGAAGAGGAAUCCUACGCAUGUGGUAUGAAUAUAAUCGCAGUGACUUCAACGACAAAAGAUCUGCCAGGCCAGCAGAUAAACCGCCUGCUCUGGCAUGUGACUGUCAAGAACCAGGUAAGGCAAGCCGAGGAUUUUUUUUUACAAGAAGCAGUCCCGACUGCUUCCACCUGA